CCCCGAGCUCUGUUCCUUCCUCCCCUGUUUCUUUUCCAUUCGAUCGAGCGCAGCCAAUGGCGAACUAGGGUUUCGGCCCCUCCGCCAACCAACGGCUCCGGCGAGCGACGGACGAGCGACGGACGGGCUUAGCCAGAUGGGGAGAAAUCAGUGGGGAAAUGGCUUCCUUUUCUUGAUUUCUGUGGUCGCUGUCCACCAGGCCGGAGCGGCGGCGGUUGCAAGAGCAGAGGAGCUGUGCCAUGUGGUGGCGGCAUUACCCCCGCAACCACGUCGGCGAUGACAAGACGCAGUUCGUCGCCGUGGCUACGGGUGGUUUCAGGCACAGCAUGUGCAUACCGCAGGAGGUUGGAAAUCAUUUGGGGAGCAUGAUCUCGGAGACCAUCAAACUAGAAGCUCCUAAUGGCAUAUUCCAUAUUGGAGUGUGUAGAAGAAAGACGGGUGAGCUAGUUCUUCGGGCUGGCUGGGAUAAGUUUGUCGCAGUGCAUCACAUAGAAGAAAAUUAUUCUUUUUGGUUUGUGUACCGUGGGAACUCUACCUUUAAGGUUCAUAUAUUCAAUUCUAACGGUCGUGAGAAGGCUACUUUCUGUUCUAAACCACCUUCUGAGAGCUUUGGUGGUGUUCCACCUGCCGCAACUUGCGAUCAUCAUGUGCUGAAUGAACAAGUACCGUCUGUUUCUGGAAAUGUUCAGACCUCAACUGACUCUGGCUAUAGCAUGUUACCUGGCUGCCAUCUAACCAAAGCACAAGAUGAGAAAGUACGUGAACUAGCUUGUACCAUGAGAUCUCAAGUUCCCCUUUAUGUGGCAGUCAUGAACAAAAGCAAUGUCAACUUGAAGGAUUGCUCUGUUAACCUACCGUUAAAGCUUGUGGAACAUUUCAAGGAGGACACAUCUAAAGCUACUAUUCAACUAGAAGCCCCUAAUGACAUGAUAUAUGGUGUUGAAGCUUGCAAGCAUGGUGAUGAUCAAAUAGUCCUCCAAUAUGGGUGGAAUAAUCUUGUACUCCCUCUGUAAACUAAUAUAAGAGCAUUUAGAACACUACUUUAGUGAUCUAAACGCUCUUAUAUUAGUUUACAGAGGGAGUAGAUGCUAAUCGCAUACAAGAGAAUGACCUCCUUGUUUUUAUAACCAAGGGUAAAAAACGCCUUGAAGUUCGUAUUCUUGGCACAAGUGUUCAUCAGAGAACCUCUUCAUGCUUUGACACGAGAAAUAUUUCUAGUACUCAAGAAAUUCGUGAAGAUUCACUUGAAAUAACUGAUCCACCCCUUCAUACAGACUACUAUGCGAGUAGUUCUGAUGAUGAUCACAUUAUGGAAGAAGGAUACUAUGUGAGUAGUUCUGAUGAUGAUCACAUUGCGGAAGAAGACUAUGUGAGUAGUUCUGAUGAUGAUCACAUUGUGGAAGAAGGCACUAGAAAAUCAUGUGUUCUGGGAUGGGUUGGAGUCUAGCCUGCCUCUAGUUAGUGGUACUGUGUGAUGCUCAGAUGCAUAUUGUUAGUGGUUUCUUUCGUCCCCGGUCCUAGUUUGCUCAGGUGUUCAUUUCUAAUCCGAAUUGGCACCGGUAUGAAAGAAAGACGAAUCAUGUGUUGUUGAUUAA